CAAGAAAUACAUCACAAUCUUGAAGUUUUCGUUCGCAAGUAUUAAAAUGGAGUUCGCGGAUAGAGUGUUCUUGUUUCACGACAAAACUCUCAUUUUCGGCGGCACGCCUGCUUACAUGUUCUUUAAAUACGGUCGUGAAUACCGUUUACGACUGGCGUUUGAUGCGGGCUUGUUGGAGAAUGACGCAAUGGCCGAGAUACUGCGCAGGGCCCAAGGCGCGGGCGCGAGAGUGCGCGCCAACUUGGGCACCAUGCUCAUACUGAUGGUACCAGCUUUCCCCACCGCUACUGUCGCUGCCUUCAUCAAAGAGCUGACAAUAAACACCAAGGAGUAUGGUAUCACCUCCAUACACAUAAGCGUACCCGACUCACAAGAAGUUUGUCAAAGGGCCAUCAAUGAAUCAAAAUCACGUUUACCAUUGUACGAAACAAUCCCACCGCUGAAUUUAUCGAGUAGCGCCUUGGUACAAAUAUCUGAGCAUCCGUUGUGGAAGCGAAAGACAUCGGGUUGCUGUGGUGAAUCACAAAUAAAAGCGUUUGGAAGGAAAUAUUACGCAUUUUAUGCUUAUUACAAAAUCUACUUUAUCGUAAUGAUGACGUCAUCCGCCCUGGCCGGCAUUGCUAUCGGCCUGAUACAAUCGGAUUUACUCGUUCAUUUAGAGAUCGACGCAAGCAAAUCUUUACACGGCGAACUUUUGAACGUUGAAUCGAGAAAACAGAACACAACAUUGGUACUUCUUCUAGAUAAUUCAACUGACGCUACUUCUGUCGCAAACAACUACAUCCUUUCAGACACAUAUUCCACAGACGCUGAAAUUGAUUUCGUUGAAUAUACAGCUUUGGCAGAAAAAGAGAGCCUGACGGAGUACCUCGUUACCCGCGCGAUCGACUCACCUCAACACUACGUCACGCUGUAUGCCUACGGCAUCGGGAUAUACGAUAAAAAUAACACCAUGAAGUGUUUAAAACCUGGUGCUUGA